AUGCCUCCUACAAACAGCUCCUCCAGCACAAUCUCCUACUUCCUCCUGAAUUGUUUUGUUGAAUCCGGGAGCCAUCAGCUUGGGCUCUCCAUGGUCCUGGCCCUGCUCUUUUUUGUGGCCCUGGGGGCCAAUGCUUUGCUCCUGGUGACCAUCUGGCUGGAAGAGUCUCUGCACCAGCCGGUGUACUACCUCCUCAGCAUCCUCUCCCUCUUGGACUUCGUGCUGUGUCUCACCGUCAUUCCCAAGGUCUUGGUCAUCUUCUGGUUGGGCUGGCGGUCCAUCAGCUUUGAAGGUUGCUUUUUGCAGAUGUUCAUCAUAAACAACUUCCUGGCCAUGGAGUCCUGCACCUUCAUGGUCAUGGCCUAUGACCGCUACGUGGCCAUCUGCCACCCGCUGCAGUACCCGUCCACCAUCACUGACCGAUUUGUGGCUAAGGCGGCCGUCUUCAUUGUGGCUCGCAACACUCUUAUCAUCUUCCCACUCCCCAUCCUCUCCUCCAGGCUACACUACUGUCGAACAAAUGUCAUUGAGCACUGCCUUUGUGCCAACUUGCACGUGACCAGGGUGUCAUGUAGUGAUAGCACCCUCUCCCGGUGGUACCAGCUCAUCGGAGGCUGGACCCUGCUGGGCUCGGACCUAAUCCUCAUCACCCUCUCCUACACCUUCAUCCUGCGUGCCGUGUUCCAUCUGAAGGCUGAGGGGGCAGCAGCCAAGGCCCUGAGCACCUGUGGAUCCCAUCUCAUCCUCAUCCUCUUCUUCAGCACCAUCCUACUGGUUUUGGUCCUCACCAACGUGGUCGAGAAGAGAGUCCAUGCCAACAUCCCCAUCCUCUUCAAUGUCCUGCACAGUGUCAUCCCCGCUGCCCUGAACCCCAUUGUCUAUGGGGUGAGAACUAAGGAGAUCAAGGAGGGGAUCCACAGGGUCUUGAGGAAAUCAGAUCAUCCAGGUCUUGUAAACUACCACUACCCAGGAGUGAGAGAAAAGCAGCUGCAGUGUAUCUUUGACACCCCCAACCACCAGAGAGACAGCCACACUGCCUCCCCGGGAAACGACACAGCAUCUCCUCCAUUCCACCGAAGCUACCCACGUGGAUUUAAGGCACCACUGGCCAUACCUCAGACCUAUCCACCAGUUAGCUGCCUGACACUCCCCAGUGGGAUACAGAAAAGUAGCUACUACCUGACACUGCCUCCAUACAACCGCAGAAAGAUGGCAGUGACAGCUGCUGUUGUAGUGGUCACCUACACACUACACACCUAUCGGAUCAGCUUGCAGCAGGUCAGCCUGGUAGCAGAUCAGCCUGCAGCAGAUCAGCCCGCUGCAGCUCACUUUUCAGCAGAAACUGGCCAAGAUGGUUUAGAGACUGGAAGAGACAACCAGACCACUCAGCAUGAGCUGGAAAGCACAGUUCUGGGACUCCUUCAGCUGGAAAGCUCUCUACUGGGCUUCGGUAUCAUGCCCCUGCCUCUGGGCAGCCAGGCCCUAGCCCUGCUCAGACAGAACAAGAAUGUAACCUGGAAUUCUAGAGGCAACAAUGAGCCUGGGCUUGUUGUCGGUUGUGUUGGUAGUAGGAGCUCCAAGGGCUCUAAGAGUUUAUACUGGGUGCUUACUGGGUGA